ACGUGCUUACACAAGUGAAAAUUCAAUAUGAUAAGUUUCUGCUGUUUCCUAGAUGUUUAGGCUAACUGCUAGAUUGGAAGUAAAGCAAGAUGUUUUCUGUAUUUUGCAAAAAAUUAUUCCAAAUAUGAAACCUAUUUUUCAGUCCUCUGUUUAAGAAAUCUGACAGUAUAUAUAUUACAGAACAAUGAAAAAUGCAAAGAAUUUCGAGUUGAACUAACACUGAGGAAGUAUGACACGGUUACCAAGGAAUGCUAUGAGCCUUCAACAGUUCAUGUUAAGACGACAAGUGCUCUGUUUAUAUCGUGACUUCAUGAAGUUGAUUAACGAAGCACCAGAGAAUGAGCGCAAGUCCAUGAAGGAUUGGGUGAGACAAGAUUUCAAAAACAACAUGCAUUGGAAGAAUGAGACUGACAUCAAAAUGCAAUUGUCGCGGGGAAGAUUGGCUCUUAGGGAAGUGAGUUCAGCCGUUCACAUGACCAAGUAAAAAAUAAUGGUGGUUCGAGCAGCUGCUUUGCUUGCUCAAUGUGUUCAGUUAGGAGUCCUGCAAAUUGUUAUGAAGUAAUUGUUCAAUUUGUUUGUUCUUUGCUUGUGUAGCACCAUUGAAUAUUGUAUUUUGAAAAAAUGCAUAUUUUUUUGUUGCGCCAAAUUUAUUUGACUACAACUUUCUUCCUUUUGCAACUCUCUAGCAUUUUUGUAUAUUUUUAUAUAUUUGAUAAAAUUAGCUUUCAAGAUGGUUAGACGCUUUUGUUAUUGACAUGUUUUUAACUUUUUGUUGUUUUCGAAGUCAUUUGUGUUAACAAAUAUAGAGGUAAAAAUUUGUAUCCGGUUAUGCUUAUCGUACAGAAAGGGACGGGUAUUUCUCCGUAAUUCUUGUCAUAUGUUUCUUCCACUGUCCUACUGUAGUUUUCCUCAAUUAUGCAGGUAUACACAUUAACUAUUUUAUUGGGAAAAAAAUUUGCAAUUUGGGUCGGGCCCUUAUAUAUUUUUGUAGGGAUUCAAUUUAGUGUAUAAACUUACUGUUUGAAGUGAUACUUAACGCGAAUUGGUCAAUUUUCUGAUUUUUUAUGAAGCAACUCCAACUUGAUUGAUUGAUUUCUUUCAUAUUUUAUGAUAACAUUUAUAAUAUAUUUUAACUGAGAACAUCACAUCAAAGCAAGGUUGGAUGUGUCUGUAUCAUUUUCUCUUCCUAGUUGACGAUAAAAAAUCUUUUCGAUGGA